CUUCCUUUCUAAAGGCUUCAAGUGGGUUUUCAAGGAGAACCCGUUCACGAAGCCACCGCGCUGUCAAGCACGCCAUGGGGUGCCAGUGCGCCACCGUGAGGGCUGGCAGCUGCCUGCAGGUUGGGGAUACUCGGGACAUGGACUCGGACAGCAGCGCCAUCGCGUGGCUGGAGGCUACCCCGGUGAUCCGGCAGAGCCUCAAGGAGGUGCCCUUGCUGCUGCGCCAGCUGCGGGGCCGGUGGUUCCGGGAGGACGGCAGCCCGGUGAGCGAGAUCUCCGGGGCGCUGAUCAUCUGGGAGGGCGCCUGGCAGGAGCCUACGCUGCUGGUGGAGUCAGCACCCAAUGAGGUCUGCAUGGAAGUGCAGGACGCCGUCUUCUUCGGACAGGUGACGCUGCAGCCCCAGGCAUCAAUCUCUUGGAGCGACGGGGACCUGUGGCUUCACAAGUGAGUGGAUUUUAUGGCGAUCCGCCAGGGGUCUGAUGGGCGCGCUGGUCUCCCUUAACUUCAGC